AUGUUUCAGGAUAAUAAUUCUUCUCCUCUAAUAUGCUUGUCGAAAAUUGUCCUCAGCAGCAUACCUUCUGGGUGGAAGGUUAAGUCUCAACUAAAUGAUUGCUUCAAGUUGUUUUCAAAUAUUUUGCCUUUCUCAUCACCACUGGAAUUGGAGUAUUUUUUCCAGUUUAAUCAUUUCGCAAAUAAGGGAGAAAUAAAAACUAUCUAUGGGACGUUCGCUUACUACAAAAUAUCAAAGAAGUUGAAACAACUGAUGUUUCGGAAGGAACUGUCGCUUAGUAACUCAUGUUUGUUGUCUCUAAUAGAAAAUCCUCCCCCUAAUUUCACCACUCAUUGCUUGCUUGGUCUACCUUCAACAUUAUUUCGACAGUUUAUCAUCAUUAAUUUUUGUAUAUAUUGGCUUCCAAUGACACAUGUAUUAUAUCAUCGCACAGUUCCGGAGGAGAGCAAUACCGGAGCUUUGCAGACUGUUUUCAGUUUUUUAGCCGAUCCACACGUUUUCAACAAAUUAUAUGAAACAUGCAGAGAUGUGCAAGUGUUUAUAUAUUCUUGGAUGCAACAUGGUCAUUUCUAUGGUGUUAGUGGGGCAAACACAGAGGUCAACCAAUACAUAAACAUAGUUUUUAAACAUUCAGAUUAUUCUCCACUUGUUGAACCGCAUGCGUUGUCGAAUAAUUUGGUUUUAAACUUACAUGAAGUUCUCAAUCGAGCUCCCCGAUUAAAACGUAAUGCAGCUGCAGAAGUAAUAGCUGCUGCGUUGCUUGGUCUUAAAGUUUCUAACUUCUUGUGCGAGUGCUCAGAAUAUGUGCAUGCCUGCAAAGCGGCUCGGAGUGUUCAUGAAACUGUGCGUUCUUUUUUCACGCCUACAAAAUUCCAUCAUGCUCAGCAACGUCUCGAGUAUGACGCUAUGUGCAUUAUGCUUCGAGCGAUGAAUGCGCAUAACAUGUACUUAGAACCUGAAGAUCAACAAGUUUUCCAACAUGAAGCACCCGAUUUACUAAAGUCGAUGUGGAAGUCGAGGUUGCUGAUGACUAAGUCAAUGAAUAUGAAUAAUUUUGACUAUUCCUUGUUACCAGUUAGCCUGGAAAAUACAUCUCAAAAUGCUUAUGUUUCUAUCGGAUUAUCGGCUUCUCGAUCAUCUGAUGGGAUUUCUGAAGGUACUUCGUCCCCUUCUAUCAGCAUUCUUGGACCUGCCGGUGAUGAGUCUCCUUGUGUAUUAGAAGCGCUCACAACUCGACCGGCGUCUUUAAUUUCAGAUUCCUACUUUCCAACUGUUUAUUCGACCUCCGAAGUUGUGCUCAACCUGUUGGAUGGUAAUCUUGAUAUAUGUAUAUCCACUAGUGCUUAUAUGAAUGCCCAACUGGCAACUUAUCAUUAUUCCAUGUGUCACUAUCAGAUCGCUUUUCAUUUUACUUUGUUGGCUAUUGAACAGUUAGAACUAUGUUUCAAUCACGGUACACCACCGUCUCCUCAUGUUACAGUUGACGUUCUUCGUAUUAUGUGCAAAGUAUGUAUCAUCAAAAGAAAAUAUAGCUUAGGGUUAAGAAUUAUUCAACAUGCAUUAGUGUAUACCAGAUCUGUUUAUGGUUAUCGUAAUUUGAUAUAUGCUAAUUUACUUAUUGAAUAUGGGUGUUUAAUGCUAAAUACAGAUAAAACACGUAAAGCAGCAGAAAUUUAUCGGAUUGCUUUAGCACUAAUACUGAAUUAUUUACCCGGUGCUAGUAUUAUGGUUGCUUUAGCACUGGAAGCAAUAGCUUAUGCACACUAUGUCCUUGAAUAUACAUCAGGUGAUUUCGGUUACGCAUUAAAUUGUGCCGAGAUAGCUGGCCUAAUGCUUCGUCGUUUGAAUUAUGGUGUUUGUAUGCAAGCAGCUUCAGCGAAUCGAGUAAAAGCUUUGAUAAUUGAAGAAAUUGCUAUUGAUGAUAAUGAUCCGUCUAGAACAAGAUCUGAUUUGAAGUUGGCACGUGAUUUGCAUAUGGAGUCGUUAGAACUUUGUGAACGAACGUAUGGAUUAUGGAAUAUUCAAACUGCAAAACAUUUUGGUAACCUUGGUCGACUCUACCAAUCAAUGCAAAAUAACAAAGAAGCAGAAAUUAUGCAUUUAAGAGCUAUUGAAAUUAAAGAACGUUUACUUGGACCGACAGAUUUUGAAGUUGGCUUAAGUGUUGGUCAUUUGGCUAGUCUAUACAAUUACGAUAUGGAUCGAUUUAAAGAAGCUGAACAGUUGUAUUUACGUUCUGUACAAAUUAGUUUAAAUUUAUUCGGUCCUACAUAUAGUGGAUUAGAAUAUGAUUAUCGUGGUUUACAACGUGUUUAUCAUGAAUUAGGUAAUUAUUCAGAAAUGCAACGUUACCAAGGUUUGUUUGAUUAUUGGUCUAAAGAAAGACAACGUCUUCGUUCAUUAGAACCAUCUGAAUCAUCAGAUUCUUUGGAAUUUCUUGAUGAAAAUAAUAUUAUAGGCUUAACUGAACAAUCACAACUUUUAAUGGAAUUAUUAAAAGAAUAUAAAUAUCAGUUUAAAUCAAUUUUUGAAAGUUUACAUGUUGAUUAUAACAAUGAGAAUAUGGUGAAUACUGCAACAACAAGGCAAGAUACUUUCAAUGUGAACUUUGGUGGCAGUAGUACUAUGGAAGCUAGUCGAUCAACAGGAUAUUAA